CCCGGAAACUCUUUGCCUUCUUUUCCGGAACUUGCUAGCUUGCUGUCUCCCGGCUUCUAUGACCUGUGGUGUCCUCCAGCAGCUCACUCACUAACAACCACAAAUAAACCCCGACAUUAUGGUUUUUGAGGAGAAGAUGAUCAUGAACGGAGAACCUGAAGACGAGGAAGAAGAAGAGGAAGAGGAGGAAAUGGUGGAUCCAAUCGAAGCCGUGCGGCAGAAGUGCGAGGCGUCGGAGCACUGCGCCCACGCUCAGGAGCGUCUGGAACAGUGUGAGACCAGAGUGGGCUCUCGCUCCUCCACAGAGGAGGAUUGCACAGAGGAGCUGUUUGACUUCCUGCACGCCCGAGACCACUGCGUGGCGCACAAACUCUUCCAUUCUGUCAAAUAAAAGUUGUGACAUCAGGACCAGACGCGCCAAGACGCUUCCUAUGCUGUAGUGUCAGAAGAACUUGAUCUUAAUUCGUCCAUAUGUGGAUCUGAUGUUUGCUGUUGCUUUAAAUGUUCACUCUGUCUUCUCCUGUGAAGAGGUACUUAUUAACAAUGUAAAUACUUUCAAAUAAAUGUCAUUGAAUUGGCUCCAAAAACAA